UAUAACGAGACGCGACCUUUAGUGUAUCGACCUUUAGCUUCUUAUCAUGUGUGAUUGUUAAUUCCAAGAGCUAUCGGAGAUCAGCCAAUAGACUUCGCGAUCGCGGAUGAUCUGUCAUGUUUUUAUUUAGGCUAUAGUCUCGAAUUUUAUAUAAAAUCAAAUUUGUGAGUUGCACAUUUCAUAAUCUGUGUUGCUUCAAGAAGCUCCUAACCGUUUUUAUAGUGUUUUGUGUUCAACUUUUUUUUCGAGUUGAUCUUCAGAUUCUGAUAAUUGGAGUGUCCUCGUGAUCAAGGUGUCAGUGUCAUACGCGGAAUUGACACAAAGUAAAAAUGGCAGCAGUCAUACCAGCAGUAACUAAAAUAUCUCCAAGGAUCAUAAGAAUUCUAGGAUGCAACCCUGGCACAAUGACAUUGCAAGGAACCAAUACUUACAUCGUUGGAACAGGAAAAAGGCGCAUCCUUAUCGAUACUGGAGAUUCUGAUGUUCCACAAUACUUGAACCAUUUGAAGAGUGUUCUAAAACAUGAAAAGAUUGAUUUAGCUCAUAUUUUGAUAACUCAUUGGCAUCAUGACCAUAUUGGUGGUCUAUGCGAUGUAAUGUCUAUCGAGGGUAAAACAGCUAACACCCAAGUAUGGAAAUUUCCUACAACUGAAGAGAAAGACUUAAAUACUAACAUAGAAAUCGAAAAUUUAACUGAAAACCAAGAAUUUAGUGUUGAGGGCGCAACUUUGCGUGUGGUUCACACACCAGGACACACUGCAGACCAUGUUGUGCUCCACCUUCUUGAAGAUAAUGCCAUCUUCAGUGGAGAUUGUAUAUUAGGAGAGGGAACUACCGUCUUCGAAAAUUUGUAUGAUUUCAUGAGAUCGUUGAAUAAGUUGUUAGAAUUAAAACCAGCCGUAAUUUACCCUGGACAUGGAAAUGUUAUCCAUAAUCCCUCACAAACUAUUGAGUACUAUAUUUCUCAUAGAAUGGAGAGAGAAACUCAAAUAAUGGAAACACUCAAUAACAAUAGACAGAAAGCAUUUUCUGAAAGUGAAUUAGUCAAAAUCAUUUACAUGGAUACUCCCGAAAAACUCCACAAAGCUGCUGAACAAACCUUAAAACAUCAUUUGCAGAAGCUUUUGCAAGAAAACAAAGUCGUAAUGGAAGACAACAAAUGGAGACUAAAUGAUAAUUUUCUUGAUUGAGAGUAUAAUCCCAUUGUGAUUUAAAUAAGGCUGCUGAAUAACUUUAUUAAGUAUUUUAAUUUAUAUUGUAAGAUUAUGGCUUUAAGGUGUCUACUGUUAUGAGUUUAGUUAUAUUUGUUAGGAGUAUUUACAUAAUGCAGUGAUUUUUUAACUGCUUUUUUAUAUUAAAUAUUUAAAUUUAAUAA